UCACAUCCUCUAGCACGAAGAGCGAGACAAAUAAGCAACAAUGUCACUCAAAUCGCACGCCGAAGCCCUAUCCGCCUCCCUCGCAGCAGCCAACCUCGUCCCUGGCUCCGCACCAUUAAUUCCUGAUUCCUUCACACCCACGACGGAGCUCGGGAUUGCAUUUGGCGAAAAAGGCGUUUCGCUGGGGAAUUUAUUCCGUGUUAGCGAGGUCAAGGGUGCGCCGACGGUUUCUUUUGCGAAGGAGGAUAAUGCCCCCGAGUCCUCGAGCUACACACUCCUCCUCGUCGACCCCGACGCUCCGACGCCCGAUGAUCCCAAGUUUGCGUACUGGCGCCACUGGGUCGUCUCUGGCCUGAAGCCCUCUGAAAGCGCCGAGGGAAAGGUAUUGACAGAAUACUUGGGUCCAGGCCCAAAGGAUGACUCUCGUCCACACCGCUACCUCUUCCUCCUCUUCCGAGAACCCGAGGGUCUCGCUCUCGAGAAAGAGGAUGUUGGCGGGGAGGAAUUCGUACAGCGACGUUCGUUCCAGGCGGCGGAGUGGACGGCGAAGCAUGGGCUUACUCUUGUUGGUGUUAAUUGGAUGCUUGGCGCUGGAGAUGGGUGGAAGGAGUAGAUGGUUAUUAUAAAGCUACUGUCGGGAAUCCGCGGUAUAGGCGCCGCAAUAAACAGUCAUGUCUAUCAUUUUGCACAAGUGUUGUUGUUGUUAUAUGAUGCCGACUUGGAUAUACAUAGAUUGUUCCCCCACGUCUUGCAGCCCUGCUCUGUUGAUCGGGUAAGCUAGCCUGGCCAUGGGACACAGAUUUGAGCGUGCGAGUCUAGUACUGUCGAUGUGUAGCAGACUGGCAAGAACACGAAUCAAACAUUGUUCAUCACCGAUG